AUGCAACAAGACAUCAAAACGGUCGCCGUCAUUGGGUGCGGCGUUAUCGGUGCCAGCUGGGCGUGUCUCUUCCUCUCUCGGGGCCUGAAGGUCAUCAUUUUUGAUCCCGCCCAAGGCGCCCAGGAAGCAUUCAAGAAAUACCUUCAGGACGCUUGGCCUGCGUUGAAAGCAUGCAUACCCGACCGACAAGAUACCUGGGCGCAGAACUACAAGUUUGUUGACGACCUGGAGUCGAGCCUAGGACAAGUCGAUUUCGUGCAAGAGAAUGGACCGGAGCGCCCCGAAUUCAAACAAGAGCUGAUGGAAAAACUGGACCUGUACACCAGACAUGGCAUUGUCAUCUCAUCGUCUUCUUCUGGUCUCCCGGCGUCAGGUUUCAUCAAGCUGUGCGGCAAAGACCCGAGUCGCAUCCUGGUCGGCCAUCCAUUCAACCCACCACAUCUGGUCCCCCUGGUCGAAGUGGUCCCCCACCCAGGAACCAGCACGAGCGCGAUAUCCACGGCAAUGGACUUGUACAAGUCCCUUGGCAAGAGCCCCAUUCUCCUCCGCCGCGAGGUCCCCGGUUUCGUCGCGAAUCGUCUGCAGGCCGCAAUCAACAGCGAAGCAUACAGCCUCGUGAGUCGCGGGAUUGUCUCCGCCGAGGAUCUCGAUACAGCGGUGACCUCGGGUCCAGGCCUUCGAUGGGCUUUGACAGGUCCAUUUGUUACAAACUCGCUGGGCGGGGGUGGAGGGCCGAAUGGGUUCACGCAGCGCAUUGAGCGGCUUGGGCCGGCGAUUCGGGGCUGGGAGGAAGAUAUGCUGGAGCACCGAUUUGAUUGGAGUGAGGAGAAGCUCUCCAUGCUGAAUACGGAGGCGUUGAAGUGGCUGGGGUCAGUUGAUUGGGACGCCAUUACCGCGAAGAGAGAUCGGAUGUUGUUACAGUUACUGCAAGCAAAAUCGCGGGACUCUUCAGUGUAA